CUUGUGAUGAAUGGAAGAUUUUACCAAAACCUAAUCUGCAUCGAGAUGUCAACAGAUUUGGUCAUACUGCUGUUGUCAGUAAUGGGUCCAUGUAUAUAUUUGGGGGUUUUUCGAGUGUUCUUUUAAAUGACAUCCUUGUGUACAAGCCUCCAAACUGUGAAGCAUUCAGAGACGAAGAGCUGUGUAAAAAUGCUCGUCCAGGGAUAAGGUGUCUGUGGAACAAGAAACAUUGUGAAUCCUGGGAAUCUGGACAUGCUAAUAACAUCCUUAGAGCAAAAUGUCCUAAGAAAACAGCUGCUGCGGAUGACAGAUGUUACCGAUACGCAGACUGUGCGAGCUGUACUGCCAACACAAACGGGUGCCAGUGGUGUGAUGACAAGAAAUGCAUUUCAGCAAAUAGUAACUGUAGCAUGUCAGUUAAAAACUACACCAAAUGUCAUGUGAGGAAUGAGCAGAUCUGCAAUAAACUGACCAGCUGCAAAAGCUGCUCGCUACACCUGAACUGCCAGUGGGACCAGCGGCAGCAGGAGUGCCAGGCCCUACCUGCUCAUCUGUGUGGGGAAGGAUGGAGUCAUAUUGGAGAUGCCUGCCUCCGCAUAAAUUCUAGUCGUGAAAGCUAUGACAAUGCCAAACUGUAUUGCUACAAUUUAAGUGGGAAUCUUGCCUCAUUAACAACCUCAAAAGAAGUGGAAUUUGUUCUGGAUGAAAUACAGAAGUAUACACUUCAGAAAAUUUCACCUUGGGUAGGUUUACGCAAGAUCAACAUCUCCUACUGGGGAUGGGAUGACAUGUCUCCUUUUACAAACACAACUCUGCAGUGGCUUCCUGGAGAGCCAAAUGACUCUGGCUUCUGUGCAUACCUAGAAAGAGCAGAGGUGGCAGGUCUGAAAGCGAAUCCAUGCACUGCAAUGGCAGAUGGUCUUGUGUGUGAAAAACCUGUUGUUAGUCCCAACCAGAAUGCCAGACCCUGCAAAAAGCCGUGCUCCCUGCGAACAACAUGUUCUAACUGCACGAGUAAUGGUAUGGAAUGUAUGUGGUGUAGCAGUACAAAACGAUGCGUUGACUCAAACGCCUAUAUAAUCUCCUUCCCAUAUGGACAGUGUCUAGAAUGGCAAACUGCCACAUGCUCCCCUCAAAACUGCUCUGGACUGAGGACCUGCGGACAGUGUUUGGAACAGCCUGGGUGUGGAUGGUGUAAUGAUCCCAGUAACACUGGAAAAGGGCAAUGUUUGGAAGGAUCAUCAAGAGGCCCAAUGAAGCCUGUUGGCAUGCACUCUAAUGAAAUGGUGCUUGAUGCUAGUCUGUGUCCAAAGGAGAAAAAUUACGAGUGGUCUUUUAUCCAGUGUCCAGCUUGCCAGUGUAAUGGCCACAGCACCUGCAUCAAUAGUAAUGUCUGCGAUCAAUGUAGAAACUUAACAACAGGAAAACAAUGUGAAACGUGCAUGCCAGGAUAUUAUGGGGAUCCCACAAAUGGAGGACAGUGCACAGCUUGCACGUGCAGUGGACAUGCAAAUAUUUGUCACAUGCAAACAGGAAAAUGUUUCUGCACGACCAAGGGAAUCAAAGGAGACCAGUGUCAACUGUGA